AUGAUGAAGGUAAAUAACAUGGUUAAUUAAGAUGUAGAUAAUGCAUUUGAUGAUCCAUAAAAUCGCCAGUAAAAAAUUGUUCACAAUAUCAAUCUAGAAUAAUUUGAGCAUUUCAAGUUAUAAAAGUUGAAAGAUAAAAUUUAAAUUGAUCCAAUUGCUUACUAGAAUAAGAUUUAUGUGACUUUUUAACUUAGUGACGAAUAGAGUAAUCAAUUGAAUUUAUUAAUUUUCAUUACAGAAAAGGUUGAACUUUAGAGUCUGGAUGAUUUUUCUGAUGAGUACUAUAAUACUUUACUUAAAUAGAAAAAAAUAAUUAGAAAGAAAUAAUAAAACUCUAAAUCUGCUUGUAUUCAGACAUUAGUAUCUCAGAAUAGAAUGAGAUAUCAGGAUUAAGAAUUUAAUCUAGAUCUAGCAUAUAUAACAAAAAGAGUAAUGGCUAUGGGCUUUCCUGCACAAGGAAUAAGGUAGAUUUAUAGAAAUCCAUUGAAUAAAGUUCUUGGAUUUUUCAAAAAGUUCCAUCAAAAUAAAGUAAAGGUCUAUAAUCUUUGUGAUGAUGAUUUUAUUGAUACUAAUAUCCUCAGUUUCAAUAAUGGUGAAGUCUAAGUCGCCUACUUUCCAAUGAUGGAUCACAAUCCCUGCAGAAUUCAAUAAAUUUUUCAUAUGCUUUUGGACAUGCUAUUAUAUAUGAUUUAGGAUCCUGAAAAUAUGGUCGCAGUUCAUUGUAAAGCAGGAAAAGGUAGGACAGGAGUGGCAAUAAGUGCUUAUUUGAUAUUUAUGGAGGCUUGCACAGAUGGCUAUGAUGCAGUAGACUUUUUUAAUUCAAGAAGAACAAAGGAUGGUAAAGGUUUGGGUGUGGCUAGUUAGAAAAGAUACUUGCAUUACUUCGAUAGAUUUUUGAAAUAAAAUUUCAAAUCUCCUUACAAGUAACUUAUAGUACCAUAUCUUCAAAAUCCAGAAGCGUUUAAUCAUUUGUUUUUGCCUAAAACCAGAAUAAAAUUAAUGACAAUUUGCAUUGGACCUUUUAAAUUAAAUCCUUCCAGCAUGAAUAUUAAAAUAUCUCUGAGAUCAUUUGAAAAUCCAGACUUAUUUAAAAAGAGCCAAAAAAACAAAAUAAGAAAAAGCUACUCUCAAAAUAAUGUAUACAAUAAGCAGGCUGAUUCAUUCUUUAUUCUUCUUGUAAUUCAUGAGGAUAUAUCAUUUGCAGAAGAUUUAUGUAUAAAAAUAAAGUCUACUAAUCUCACUUCUUCACAGAAACUCACUUUCCAUUAUUGGCUUAAUGCUAGAUUUGUUUCAGAUGGUGUUGGGAAGGUUUAGAUUUCUACGUUUAUGAAUAAAGAUUAAAUAAUAUUUGGUAACUUUAUGAUACCAAUGAACAUGGGAUGA